UCAUAUAAUACUCUUCGUGCUUUCAAUCUGAACUCCCACUGGGCAAAAAAACUCGAUCUUACCAUCAUUAUCAUGAUCUUUGACAUAAUCAUGAUUAACUACAACAAGUCCCAGCCCUUCAUUUUUCACAUGACCUUUAAUCUCAUUAGCUUCUCCUACCAUUGAAUUCCACAAACCCUUUUCUCUCCCCUCCAAAUAGACCAAACCCUUCCCGAAUUUCACAGUUUCUAAUUGCCCAAAACCCCCCAAAUUCUUGAAUUUUGCUCUAAAAAUUCUAGGGUAUUUUCAAAAGGUUGCAAUGAUUUAAAUGAAAAGGUUGCAAAAUUCGAGGUUAGGAGCAUAAUUUCUAGCAACCAAUUCAGCAAAAAAUUGCUUGUUUGGACAAAAGAACUAUGUACGCGAUAUUUAAAUAACAAAAAAAAUCAGCGACAAAGGGUGGUUGGGACUGUGGUUAGAGUGGUGUUAGAGGAUAGUGGCAGGAGGUGAGCGUUGGGGGCGGAGAGAGAGGGGUGGAUUGUGCAAUGUUAACCCUCGUAAUUUUGUUUGGACAGAGACAAUGUGAGACGGUAACCUCAUCAGUUUCGUUGGCGGCGAAUAAGGAGGAACUUGGCUCAUUGGAGCUUCAGUGCUCAUUUGCUUAACUCAAAGUUACAGGAUAUAGGCUAUGCUGUUAAUUCAGGAAUGCAUCGGAUUAUACUAAAGUGUCAUCGGCGGUCUGUAGCAGAAUUGUUUUCUGGAUCCUUAUUGCCGAAAAGGGGGAAGCAAAAUGGAUCCCUUUUUGUCAAAUCAUUCCAAACAAUUGCAGGCUCAACAGAUCCCGUUACUUUUGGCUACAGGAGAGAUACAAUUACCAAUUCCUUGGGCCUUCAAGUUAUUAAUGCUCUUCAAUUAGGUCACAGAAGCCAAGCUUCUGAUAUACUUUCGGAUGCUGGUGCUGCAGGCCAUGCACUUAAUGUUGAAGAUAUUGUUUACAUUCUUGAGUACUGUGCAAGAUUACCAGAUCCGUUGUUUGUGAUGGAAACUUGGAGGGUCCUCGAAGGGAAUAAUAUUGCUUUGAGUUGGAAAAGCUAUAUGCUUAUUGUCCGUGCUCUUUGUAAUGGUGGUUACUUGGAAGAGGCAUUUCAUCUGAUGACAUUUAUAGGGGAAAAUGAUCGUUUAAGUUAUAUUCUUCCUCUGUGCAAUACUUUUCUGUCAGCCUGUGCAAAAAUGAAAGAUGUUAUGCUAUUUAAUCAGUGCUUGGAUCUCAUGGAGAGCCAAUCUCUAGGGAAGAAUGAAGUUACAUAUGCAGCACUUCUCAAGGUUGCAGUUUGGCAGAAAAAUUUGUCCGCUGUGCAUGAAAUAUGGAGAGAGCACUGCAAGCAUUAUAAAGUGAACGUUCUUUCGUUGAGGAAAUUCAUAUGGUCUUUUACGCGUCUGAUGGACUUGGAAUCUGCAUAUAGAACAUUGCAACAUAUGGUUGUUUUAGUGUCUAAAGAAGACAUCUUUUUGCGUAGAACUGUACAGGGAAAGAUCUAUUGUCCACAGCUGGACAUUCCCAUUCCUUCAGGCAGUGUGGCGGAUGUGAUGUGCUUCGAUCUGCAUAAGGACCAACAUGCCAGUCCUGCCUCUUCUGAUGGUGAAGGAAUGAUUAUGAACUCAAUUGAGGAAGUGCAAUGUAGUCCUUUCUAUGCGGAAGACAACAUGGAUUGCUCAACUGGGAUAGAAAUGCUUGAGGAUCUUAAGAAGGGGCCCAUCAAGAAAAUCUUGAGGUGGUCUUUCAAUGAUGUCAUACAUGCAUGUGGUCAUUGUAAAGAACCUGAGCUAGCUCAAAAAUUAAUUGCGCAGAUGCAAAAUCUUGGGCUGGAACCAUCAUCCCACACUUAUGACGGUAUAGCCAAAUCAAUUAUUCCAACCAGAAGAAUCAGUGAUAUAAUGGAACUACUAAAUGUAAUGGAAGGUAAAAAUUUGAAGCCAUAUGCUUCCACUCUGUCAACCCUUUCAAUAUGCUGCAGCAAUGCUUUACACUUGGAUUUGGCUGAAUCCUUACUCAAUCAGAUUGAAGCAAGUCCUUGUGCUCGCCCGUACAAUGCUUUUUUCGAAGCAUGUGAUAUUAUGGAUCAACCUGAACGUGCUGUCAAAAUGUUGGCUAAGAUGAGAGAAGCUAAAACUAAGCCAGAUAUCAGAACAUACGAGCUACUAUUUUCUUUGUUUGGGAAUAUCAAUUCCCUAUAUGAAAAAGGUAACUUAUUAUCACAUGCAGACGUUACUAAAAGGAUCAAUGCCAUAGAAACAGAUAUGCUCCAGAAUGGAAUACAGCAUAGUCAGGUUUCAAUAAAGAAUUUGUUGAGAGCCCUUGGAGCAGAAGGGAUGGUGCAGGAGCUGCUAAAGUACUUGUAUCGAGCAAGUCAGUUCUCUCACAACAAUUAUCUUGGUACAGAUAUCUACAAUACAGUACUACAUUCACUUGUCAAGGCUAAAGAGGAUCGCAAGGCAAUUGAAAUGUUCAGAAGUAUGAAACUAUGUGGGAUUCAUCCUGAUGAUGUAACUUACACCAUUAUGAUCGAUUGCUGCACAAAUAUAAGAUGUUUCAAGUCUGCAUGUGCCUUGGUUUCUAUUAUGAUUCGUAAAGGCUUUCCUCCCCAGACGAUAACAUAUACUGUACUUAUAAAGAUGCUGAUGGAAUAUGAUGCUUUCAAUGAUGCUUUGGAUCUUCUUGAUCAAACUAUCAAAGAAGGAAAUAAACCUAAUAUAUUGCUAUUCAACCCCAUUCUCCAUAAAGCCAGUUUACGGGGAAGGAUCGAUGUAAUUGAGACUGUAAUUGAGGCGAUGCAUCGGGAGAAGAUCAAACCAGAUCAAUCAACAUGCAAUUAUGUAUUUAAUGCUUAUGCUAAAGGUGAAUUUGUUGGCACUGCAAUAGAAGCCUUGCAGGUGUUGAGCUUGCGGAUGAUCUCCUUAGAUGAUGAUAUUCUAGAGGAUAUGAGAAGGAAAUACGAGUAUCUGAUUGUUGCUGAAGAAGAAGACGCUGACACACAGAUAAUACAGCUAUUCCUAAUUGGAGAUUCAGAGAACCUAGCUGCUGCUCUUCUCAAUUUAAGAUGGUGUUCCUUUCUUGGCUCCUCGGUUUCAUGGGUGCCUGAUGAGAGUCCAUGGGCUAAACGACUUGCAGACAUCUUAUGAAUCAGCGCAUUCAACUUUGAUUUACACUCGUGUAUUUUGAGGAGGCGGCCUCUUCCUCGAUGGAAAUGAAGCACGCAAUACAAGUACAAUGCUGCCAUUAUAUCAUCAGCAGUUUUCCUUAUUGGAAAUGAAAUUUGGUUGCUAUGCUUGUGCAAUAUUUGGCAUACCAGCAUGAUCCCAAUUUUGUGCAAUAGUUACCACUUACCAGUUGGAAGGAAGAUACUCUGUUUCGUCGCAAUGAAAAAGGAGAAUCAAUCUCAUGUUAAAGAGUUACGGCCUUACGGGUCAUGUUUAUACAAUUACGAUGUGAUGAGUCACGUAGUCAGGUUUAUUCAAUAAUGACUACAAUUAUGAUGUGAUUUCCCUAUAAUGUUUUUAACGGCUAAAGCUGUACGGAAUUCAUAUUAAGAAGUUGUAAGGAAAAAGUUAAAGCAUGACUGCUUAUAUUUGAAGUUUAAAAUAAGACUGUUUAUUCUGAA